AUGGAGCCUAAAGGCAAGACCCUUCAUGUCCUAAUGCUCCCAUGCCUAGCGCAUGGGCACAUAUCACCCUUCUUAGAGCUAGCCAAACGACUCUCACGUAGAAACUUCCUCAUACACCUAUGUUCCACCUCUACAAACCUUUCUUCCAUCAAAGAACACCUCAAUGAAAAGACCGUCCCUUCCAUACAACUAGUGCAACUCCAUCUCCCAACCCUUCCAAACCUCCCCCCUCAAUGCCACUCAACCAAAUCACUCCCACCCCACCUCAUGCGCACUCUCAAGAUGGCCUUUGAUCACUGCAAGCCAUCUCUCUCUCAAAUCAUCUCCACCAUCAAUCCCGAUCUGAUCAUUUAUGAUUUUAUCCAACCGUGGGACCCGGAAGCCGCCUCCCACUUGAACAUUCCCGUCGUCUUGUUCUUCAGUACUAGCGCUGCCGCAAUUUCCUUCAUCAUGACACUGAACGAUGACGAUGAAUUCCCAUUCCCUGCAAUCCACAUGAGUGAUCAUGAAGAGCAAGGUAUGGCCCACAUGUUGAAAUCUGUAGCCAACGGUGUUAGCAACAAAGAACGACUUGAUUGGUGCAUGGAUCGAUCUUCGGACUUCAUUUUGAUUAAGACGUUCGGAAAGAUCGAAUCGAAGUACAUAGAUUAUCUCUCUCUUUUAGCACGGAAAGAGAUCGUGCCUGUUGGGCCCCGUGUGCAGUGGACCCCACACCUGGCCCACCAGUGUAAAUUCAAGGAAUGGCUUGGAAACAAGGAGAUAUCCUCAAUUGUAUUUGUUUCCUUUGGAAGUGAGUAUUUCAUGUCGAAAAAGGAGAGAGAUGAGGUAGCACAUGGGCUGGAGCUUAGCAAAGUGAACUUCAUCUGGGUGCUUAGGUUCUAUGAAGGAGAGAAAAUGGGUGUUGAGGAAGCAUUGCCACGUGGCUUCCUAGAGAGGGUUGGAUCUAGGGGAAUGGUCGUAGAGAGGUGGGCCCCACAAGGGAGGAUACUUGAGCAUACUAGUAUUGGUGGGUUUGUGACACAUUGUGGGUGGAGUACUGUGAUGGAGGGGAUGUGGUUUGGUGUCCCACUAAUAGCUAUGCCAUUGCACCUUGAUCAACCGUUGAAUGCAAGAUUAGUGGUGGAGAUUGGAGUUGCAGUGGAAGUUGAGAGGGGUGGGGAUGGGGUGUUUGAGAGGGAGGAAGUAGCAAGGAGUAUUAUAGAGGUGGUUGUGGGAAAGGAAGGAGAGGGGGUUAAAAGGAAUGCAAAGGAGAUGGGCGAGAUGAUGAGGAAGAAACGAGACGAUGAAGAGAUUGAUCUGGUGAUGGAGAAGUUUAUGGGCCUAUGUAGGAAUGAUAGUAAGAGCUUAGGCAGUUUUUUGCAAUAA